AUGCCUUCUCAAUACUCUGAUAUGCCUCGCUACUACGACGAGCCCAAGGGUGAUUGCAAAGAUUCUGCUCUAGACUUGGAGAGCUCUGCUUUCAAGCAUCCUUCCAAACCGGGUUCCAGAUCCUUCAAGCUCUUGUUCUCCUUCUCGUUGUUUUUGCUCUCGGUGUAUUAUCUCUCUGAAAAGUUUGUUCAAUUCCAAUUCUUCAGCUCAAUCGAUCCAAUUGACUCAAUUGUCUGUUUUGACUCCUUGGAUUUGCCUGAUUACGACUUCUUUUCGUCUUUAUCUUCCACCUUUAAAAAGAAGAAACCUCUCCCUCCCGUUUCUCUCCCUUCUUUGGUCUACGAAAUCGAUUUCCCUAUAACCUACCCAUCAACUGCAAACAUCACCACUGAUCUCUUGCUAAACGAUUCUUUAACUUCUGAUGUACUCUCAAUUGACUCAAUUUAUGAACCCCCAAAUGAUUUUUCAAGUUUAAAUAUUACAAACGCCUUUUUAACUCUUAACGUUUCCACCAAUAUCACCAAUGUCGACUCUCCCAUUCAACCCCCAAUCAUUUUUGAUAUCUAUUUCGAUGACUACAUUAUUUGGAGAUCUUCAUCACCAACUUCAAACUCAAACCAAACUUUUACCAAUUCUACAUCCUCCAAGAAUAUCACAGACUACUUAUCCCUUCUCUCUGAUUCUCAUAAGGUAUCACUCAAGUUGAUCAAUGGUGUCAUUUUAAAUGAUAUUAACAUUACUCUAUCCUACACUCUAAUCUCAAACCCUCUUUUUUUCAACUCAAACCCAAAUAUUAAUACCAAAAAGAAUUCCCCUGAAAGUAUCAACAACUAUUCCUUCUUUUCAAAUGUAUCUACUGUUAAUAUCUCAGAUAUUUUCAAUUACAAUUAUCCACCAAAUAAAGUCAUCCCAUUAUCAAACUCUGGUGACUCUUUCCAAUUGCCAAAUGAUAACUACUUGAUUAGUAUCCCCCAAUUGCCAACAAACACAACCAAAAUCUCAAUUGACCUAUUUGCAACUGCUUUAGAUGAAGAAAUCAAUUAUUUCAAAAACUUAUUGCAAUCCCCUCCCUCUUCUUCCGAUUCUCCUCCCGAUGAAUGUGAUCCUCCCUAUAACGAAAACGGGCCUUUAAGAGUCAUCAACAUUUACGCUGACAACAUCUUUAUCCAAUCUGUUGCUCCUUAUCCUACUCUACUAACCCAAAACCAAAUCUCAAAAUAUAUCAACAACUCGGUAGCUUUCCAACCUUUAGCUUCCACCUAUGCCUUCAACUCAUUGUCCUACAACGUCGACCUCUCAGUCAUCUUGCCUUUGCUAUGGAAUGCCCCUGUCUCUUUGACCAUUGAAAUCAUCUCCCCCAUAAAAGUCUCAUCUCCUAUUAGCAAACCUCCUUUACCUACUCCCUUACCUCCUCCUUCCAAUUCUGCAGAUUUUUUCCCUUCUUCAGAUUGGUUGCUCUCAGCAAACUUAUUAUCCUGGGAAUCUUCUAAAAUUAAAUCAUCCACUGGUUUAUUAAUCUUCACAAAUUCUUCAAUCUCUUCAAGAGGUAUAAUCAUCCCCGCCAAUGGUCUCACUCAAAUUACUAAAUCAAAAAUCACCUCAGACUUGUUCUCAUUAUUCAACAUCACUCUUAUAGAUGGUCUAACCCAUUCCAUAUCCUACAACCUAAACACCUCAACCGCCGCUGUUAACGUUCAAAAUUCAAGAUUCUUGAAUCAAAUUAAAAUAUAUAAAAGCGAUAAUGAUAACUUGGUCAACAUCACCAUUCAAGAGUUGCUCCCUUCUUCAAUUUCACCCUCACCUAUUUACUCAAUCCUUAAAGAAUCUCAAUAUUCCGUCAAAUUGGAUGAAAUCAAAAGCAUUCCUUUCAACCCCUUCUCAAAACCCUCAGUUAAAUACGAAUCAAAGGCCUUAACAACUGUAAAAGUAAAUAAAUCAAAACCAAUGAAAUUCUCAAGGAAAAAUGAAGUCUCCUUAAAGUCUUCAAUCCUAACCACUGACGUUAAAAUUAAAGCUAAACUCCCUUCAAAUAAAAAACUUUCAUUCUCAAGAAGUGCUGAAGCUGUUGAUGGUAUUUUAGUUAAAGAUACAGGCCUUGUCUUAGGCUCUCCUACCCUCGAUAUCUAA